GCAAUCCCUUAGCAUGAGCGAGGGGGGCCCCGCUGGGUGACAUUGUACGGCUUAUACCCGUUGGAUCCCUUUCCUCUCCUUUCCCUCUUCUCCCUCCUCCCUACCCAGUCCCUCCCUCCAAAUUCCCUUCCCCCAUACCCUCCCGCUCCCGUCUAUCCAUGAAGUGAUUUGAUUAUUUUGGGGGGGGGUUCUUGGUUCAGAACCCCACUCGUGGUCGGGGGGGGCAAUAAGGCCUAAGGUUCCCUCAGUUUGAGUGUUUCUGUGUGUGUACAUAUCUCUUAAGUUUAUAAAUAUACAUAUAAUUCAGAGUGUCACGUCUCAUCGCUGAGCCUUAGGGAACUUUUGGCACCAUGUCCUGUGUGCAUUAUAAAUUUUCCUCCAAACUCAACUAUGAUACCGUUACCUUUGAUGGACUGCACAUCUCCCUGUGUGAUUUGAAGAAGCAAAUCAUGGGGAGAGAGAAGCUCAAGGCUGCUGACUGCGAUCUACAGAUCACCAAUGCACAAACGAAAGAAGAAUACACAGAUGACAAUGCCCUGAUUCCCAAGAAUUCAUCAGUUAUUGUAAGAAGAAUUCCUAUUGGAGGUGUUAAAUCUACAAGCAAGACAUAUGUUAUGACUUCCAAAUCGCGCACAAUCCUAGAAACUCCUUUCAGAAGUCGAACUGAACCAGUGAGUGGAACCUCAAAAGCAAUUGAUGACUCUUCUGCGUCUAUUUCUCUGGCCCAGCUUACAAAGACUGCCAAUCUGGCUGAAGCCAAUGCUUCUGAAGAAGAUAAAAUUAAAGCAAUGAUGUCACAGUCUGGCCACGAAUAUGAUCCAAUCAAUUACAUGAAGAAACCUCUGGGUCCCCCUCCACCAUCCUAUACCUGUUUUCGCUGUGGUAAACCUGGUCAUUACAUAAAGAAUUGCCCAACAAAUGGGGAUAAAAACUUUGAAUCAGUUCCCAGGAUUAAAAAGAGUACUGGAAUUCCUAGAAGUUUUAUGAUGGAGGUGAAAGAUCCUAACAUGAAAGGUGCCAUGCUUACCAACACUGGAAAAUAUGCAAUCCCAACUAUAGAUGCUGGGAGACUCCUCUUUCACAAAUUGGGAACAAUGGGGCAUAAGCAAAUUGAUACUUAUUUCUGGAAUCGUGGUGAUGUCUAUGGAGCAGCUGCAACACAAAUAACACACCUAAGAGAGGCAUAUGCCAUAGGGAAGAAAGAAAAACCACCUUUCCUACCAGAGGAACCAUCCUCUUCAUCAGAAGAGGAUGACCCUAUCCCAGAUGAAUUGUUAUGUCUAAUCUGCAAAGAUAUAAUGACUGAUGCAGUUGUCAUACCUUGCUGUGGAAACAGUUAUUGUGAUGAAUGUAUAAGAACAGCAUUGCUAGAAUCAGAUGAACAUACAUGUCCAACUUGUCAUCAGAAUGAUGUAUCUCCUGAUGCUUUAAUUGCCAACAAAUUUUUACGCCAGGCUGUUAAUAACUUCAAAAAUGAAACUGGCUAUACUAAAAGGCUUCGAAAACAAAUACCCCCACCACCUCCUCCAAUUCCACCUCCAAGACCACUAAUUCAGCGGAACCUACAACCCUUAAUGAGACCUCCAAUCUCAAGACAGCAGGACCCUUUAAUGAUUCCGGUGACGUCUGCAUCUACUCAUGCUGCUACUUCUAUAUCAUCAUCCAUGACUCCUAAUCAGUCUUCCCUAUCAUCUGCUGUACCUAUAAAUCAGCCUUCUACUCCAGCGCCAGUUCCUGAUAUAACUGCUACAGUGUCUAUUUCUGUCCAUUCAGAAAAACCAGAUGGACCUUUCCGUGAUCCUGAUAAUAAAAUUAUACCUGCUGCAGCCUUGGUAUCGGACCAUCCUAAAGCUUCUUCAUCAAUAGCAAUUAGUGCACUGAUGGAAGAAAAGGGCUAUCAGGUGCCUGUACUUGGAACACCUUCUUUGCUCGGACAGUCCCUUUUGCAUGGACAGUUGAUACCUACAACUGGUCCAGUAAGAAUAAAUGCUGCUCGUUCUGCUGGUGGUAGGCCUGGUUGGGAACCAAGCAUAAAUCGAGGACGACACCAUGGUGAACGCUCACAGAGGACUCAAGGCCCAUCACUACCAGCAACACCCGUCUUUGUACCUGUACCACCACCUCCUUUGUAUCCACCACCUCCCCACACACUUCCUCUCCCUCCAGGUGUUCCUCCACCACAGUUCCCUCCACAGUUUCCACCUGGGCAACCACCACCAGCUGGCUACAGUGUCCCUCCUCCAGGUUUCCCUCCAGCACCUGCAAAUUUAUCAACACCUUGGGUAUCAACAGCAGUACAAACAGCUCAUUCAAAUACUAUCCCAACAACACAAGCUCCACCCUUAUCCAGGGAAGAGUUCUACAGAGAGCAGAGACGACUGAAAGAGGAGGAAAAGAAAAAGUCCAAACUAGAUGAGUUUACAAAUGAUUUUGCUAAGGAAUUGAUGGAAUACAAAAAGAUUCAAAAGGAGCGUAGGCGCUCAUUUUCAAGGUCUAAAUCCCCAUAUAGUGGCUCCUCUUAUUCAAGAAGUUCUUACACCUAUUCUAAAUCAAGAUCUGGUUCCUCACGUUCACGUUCCUAUUCUCGAUCCUUUAGUCGUUCACACUCUCGUUCUUAUUCACGAUCACCUCCAUAUCCCAGAAGAGGUAGAGGGAAAAGUCGAAAUUAUCGUUCAAGAUCCAGGUCUCAUGGAUAUCACCGCUCCAGAUCAAGGUCACCCCCAUAUCGGCGAUACCAUUCACGAUCAAGGUCUCCUCCGGUUUUUAGGGGACAGUCUCCUAAUAAACGAAAUAUACCUCAAGGAGAAACAGAACGUGAAUACUUUAACAGAUACAGAGAAGUUCCACCACCUUAUGAUAUAAAAGCUUACUAUGGUAGGAAUGUUGACUUUAGAGACCCGUUUGAAAAAGAACGCUACAGAGAAUGGGAAAGAAAUUACAGAGAAUGGUAUGAAAAAUAUUACAAAGGUUAUGCUGCUGGAGCACAGCCUAGACCUCCAGCAAAUAGGGAGAACUUUUCUCCAGAGAGAUUUGGACCAUUGGGCAACAGAAGAGAGAAUUCUCCCUUUGCUCGAGGUCGUAGGGAAGAUUAUUCUAGUGUACAGGGUCAUCGAAGUCGCAACAUAGGUGGCAAUUACCCAGAAAAGCUUUCAGCAAGAGAUGGUCACGCCAUGAAGGAUAAUGCCAAGUCAAAAGAGAAAGAGAGUGAAAACCCACCAGGAGAUGGAAAGGGAAACAAGCAUAAGAAGCAUCGAAAAAGAAGAAAGGGGGAAGAAAACGAAGGCUUUCCUAACACAGAGUUAUUAGAGAGUUCUAGAAAACAAAGAGAACCUGUAGGUGGGGGGGAAGAUAUUAAAACAGACUCCUUGUUCAUUCUCCCCAGUAGAGAUGAUGCCACCCCUGUUAGAGAUGAACCAAUGGAGGCAGAGUCAAUCACUUUUAAACCUCUAUCAGAAAAGGAAAAGAAAGAAAAAGACAAACCAAAAGCAAAAGGUGACAAGACUAAACGUAAAAAUGAAGGCACUGCUGGUUCCAAAAAGGAGAGCACUGCAAAACCUGUUAAAGCAUCCCAGGAAAAAAUAGAUGUAGAACGUGAAAAGUCUCCAAGAUCAGAACCACCAUCCAAAAAAGCCAAAGAGGAGGUGCCAAAGACAGAGAGUAGUAAAUCCUCCUCCCAGAAAGAUGAAAAGACCAUUAGUACACCCAGAAAAGCUCACCCCAAGAUGACAAAAGAGCAUCAAGAAACUAAAUCCACCAAGGAAGAAAAAAUUAAAAAGGAAUAUUCAAAAGAUGCCAAACAAGAAAAGCUAGCUAACAAGGAGGAAAAGUCAAAAAAGACUAAUGAGAAAAGUAAACCAGCUGAUGCAAAGCCAGAAAAAAGAAAAAGAAAAGCUGAAGAAAAGGGUGUAGAUAAAGAACAUGAGAUUUUGUCAUUGAAAAACUCUAAACCAGAAGUUGCCGAAAUGAUGAAGCCAUCACCAAAGCGCAAAAUUGAGCCAGAUGUUGAGAAAACAGAUAGGACCCCAGAAAAAGACAAAGCUGCAUUAACUGCCCCAGCCAAAAAGAUAAAGCUGAACAGAGAAACAGGGAAAAAAAUUGGAAGUGGAGAAAAUCCACCCAAUGCAAAAGAACUCACUGAAAAAUUGGAGCCAACAUCCAGUAAAAUUAAACAAGAAAAAGUUAAAGGAAAAGUAAGAAGAAAAGUGACAGCCACUGAAGGAUCUAGCUCAACUCUUGUGGAUUAUGCCAGUACAAGCUCAACCGGAGGCAGCCCUGUAAGGAAGUCUGAAGAAAAAACAGACACAAAGCGAACUGUCAUUAAGACCAUGGAAGAAUAUAAUAAUGAUAAUACAGCUCCUGCUGAAGAUGUUAUUAUUAUGAUUCAGGUUCCUCAGUCAAAAUGGGACAAAGACGACUUUGAAUCUGAAGAGGAAGACAUUAAAUCUACACAAGCUUUGUCAAGUGUAGGAAAGCCUGCUAGUGUUAUAAAAAAUGUUAGCACUAAGCCAUCAAAUCCUGUUAAGCAUAUUGAAAAAGAAAGCGAGCCAUCAGAGAAAAUUCAGAAGCCCACAAAAGAAGUAAGCCACGAAGGUGUACAGCAUGAGGCCAAAAGUUCAAAAACUUGUUCAUCCAGUGAAAAAGGAAAAACCAAAGAUCGGGAUCAUUCCGUGUCAGAUAAGGAAAACUCUGAAAAAAGGAAAAGCAGCGUUCAGACAGAAAAAGAUACUAGUGUAGAUCGACUAAAUGAACAAGGAAACUUUAAAAGUCUUUCUCAAUCAUCCAAAGACAGUAGAACUUCAGAUAAGCAUGAUUCUGGGCGUGGUUCCUCAAGUAAAGAUUUUACCCCUAAUAGAGACAAAAAAGUAGAGUACGAUAACAGGGAUCACUCUGGUUCCAAACGGAGAGAUGAAAGGAGUGACUUAACAAGAAGAAAAGAUUCUCCUUCUCGAACUAAAUUAGAAUCUUCAUUGGGUCAGAAAAAUAAACUAAAGGAUGAAAGGACAGAUAUACCUAAAAAGGGAGUAGGGGAAUCAAAAAGAAGCAACUCCAGUCCUUCAAAGGACAGAAGACCAUAUGAUCAUAAAGCUGCUCAUGAUUCCAAACGUUCGAAUGAUGACAACAAAUCUAUAGACAAAAAUCCAGUUAAAGAGCGAGAGAAGCAUAUAUCAGAAACAAAGAACAACAAAGAGAAAGAGUUAAGUGGAAAUAAAUUAUUUUGUAAACAUAGCUCACCAGAUAUACAAAUUGAAAAAGAGCAUGUUACUGGACAGAAUGAUAAGACUGUUGUCAAACCUAAGCCCCAGUUAAGCCACUCUUCUCGACUUUCUUCUGACCUAACAAGAGAAACUGAUGAGGCUGCUUUUGUACCAGACUAUAAUGAAAGUGAUAGUGAGAGUAAUGUGUCUGCAAAAGAGGAAGAAACUCUAGGAAAAAAUCCUAAGGAACUGAAAGAUAAGGUGACAGAGAAAGCUAAAGAGAUCCUGGAGGCAACAGUAGUUGGCCAAAUAGGCGUAAGAAGUCAGAGUCAAAGUAGUCCUAGUGUUAGCCGAAGUCGAAGUCAUAGUCCUUCUGGAAGCCAAACACGAAGCCACAGCAGCAGCGCUAGCUCAGCAGAAAGUCAGGACAGCAAGAAGAAGAAAAAGAAAAAGGAAAAAAAGAAGCACAAGAAACAUAAGAAACAUAAGAAACAUAAGAAACACACGGGCACUGAAUUAGAAUUGGAAAAGAGCCAAAAACACAAGCAUAAGAAGAAAAAAUCCAAGAAAAGCAAAGAUAAAGAAAAGGAAAAGGAAAAGGAAAAGGAUGACCAAAAAGUUAAAUCUGUCACAGUAUAAAAUGACAGAUUAAAAAAUUGACUUAAUUACUAAGUCAUCUGUAUUAAAUUUUGUUAUAAUGUAAACAGAUUCAAGCUUUGUAAAUAAUGACAUGGAAGACCCUGUGCUGCACUUAAAAUAUUGCUGCUUGAUUAUUUGAUUUUUACAUCAGAGCUUUAUAACACGAACUUUUUGUACAGAAUUGUGAGUUGUGACCAUGUAACAUGAGAGGUUUUGCCUGGGGCAUCUUAUUUUUAACCACCAUUAAUUAGUUUGGGUGGAGUUUACUGUACUGUGAAAUUUUCACAUUUGAAUUUUUUUAAUUGCCUGGCAGAAAAAGCUGGUAUCCGUUCUAAAAUAUCAGCAGAAUGAUUUGCAGAAUUCAUUACAGCCCUGUUAUGUCACUUUUUGAUUACAAUAAAAGUUUUCAGUAAACUUUUCAA